AUGAUGGUCAGAGGGUUCAGGGAUUUGGGAGUGAAGCAAGAUAGUCCAUCUCCAAGUAGAAUUGUACAUAUAGAAGGCCAGCGUAUAAGCCAGGCAUCCAUUGAUUUUCUCACUUUAUUAGUAAGGAAUGUUGAUGAAAAACUAUGUGAACGUGUGAAGAGUUCAUUUGGAUGGAAGGGGCAAGGCUUGGGGAUUUACCAAGAGGUAACCAACCAAGUCGCUAUCGCACGCAACGAAAGCGUUCACUUCAUGUCAUUGGUAUCUAUUUUUCUGGAAAAAUAUAUUCUAAUUGACAAUUGCCAAAUAAUAACUUCUGGUCCUGUACGCCGAAAGACAGCGGAUGCAGCAAACGCGAAGUGUACUGACUGUGAAGAAGUAGGACAUUUCAAUAAAAACUGCUACAGGUGCAAGUUUUACAAAGAAGUAGCCGUUGAUGAUGGCAUUGCUGAAUUAACACCAGAUGGAAACUACCAGAUCCUUUUUGGAAACUUGAUACGGACUGAUGGGUUUGUUGUGGAUUUUUUGUUUCACAAAAGAUGUCAAGCCAGUUACGGUCCUUCUUUGCAACGCUUUGAGUUGACUCUUCGCGACUUCACUUUACCAGAAGUAGCAAAGGAUUAUCAUCGAAUUUUUGUUGACCCUGGGCGAAAGUCUGUAUUCACUGCCGUGAGUGUACUGCAAAAAAAAUGCUUCCAACUUUAUCAAGGGAGGCAAAAAGCACAAGAAACUAUGGUCAAUAUGCUUAUAAACGGUGACACCAAAUAUAAUCGAAGUAGGAGAAACAAGAAGAGGCGGAAAAAGAAGAAACGAAAGAAGAGACCAAAUAAGAACGAUGCUAUCAAAGAAAAACUGAACAAAUGGAGGCCCAUUAAAUACAAAGAAGACAAGACGAAGGUUCCUCUGAUAGUAUUUGGAAGUGGAAUGUUCAAUAAGGACACCAAUAAGAUCAGGACGCUCAGAUGUGGGGUGACGGGUAUUUUAUGGUGCGCGCUGAAAAGGCGAGAAGCGGCUGGACAACUUAUCACAAUCAUAAUUGACGAGUUCGGAACAUCCAAAGUAUGCAGUAGAUGCCAAACUCUAACCUUGAUGCCAGCCUCGCCUGUUACUAAAUUGAAUGUGCUGACCUGUUCUUCUUGCCAUACUCUUCUUUGUCAAAGAGACAUUGAUGCCUUCCGAAACAUGAUGACAAUCUCUAUCAGCAUUUGGCAGGGACGAGAAAGACCAACACCUUUUCAACGCACCACUACCACCACCACACCGCCACAGUCAUCGCUGUAA